CAUCCUGAUUGGCUGAAGACUCUCGGUGGCUCCAACGUGAUUGGGCAAUGCUCGACGCCCGGUGUCCGGGUAAGAUGGCGUCGGGAGAGCAGUGCUCGGCACCACCUCGAUGGCAGUCGAUAUCUUUAACACACGUAGAGUAUCCGACUGGUGAUCUGACAGGACAGAUACUGGCCUACAGCAGUCUGUUGCCUAUGGCGAUCCUUGUUGGCUUUGUCACGCUCAUCGUCUUCAAGAGGGAAUUACACACGAUCUCCUUCUUUGGUGGUUUGGUGAUAAACGAAGGGCUGAACUGGGUACUGAAGCACAUAGUCCAGGAGCCCCGCCCAUGCGGAGGAGAGCACAGCGCUGUGACGACAGAGUAUGGAAUGCCUUCCAGCCACUCCCAAUUCAUCUGGUUCUUCAUCGUUUACUUCCUCCUCUUCCUCUAUUUGAGAAUGCAUCAGACAAACAACGCCAGGUGUGUGGAGUUGUUAUGGAGACAUGUGCUGUCAGUCAUCCUACUGGGCGUGGCUUUGUCCGUGUCGUAUAGCAGAGUUUACCUGCUCUACCACACCUGGAGGCAGGUGGUCUAUGGGGGUGUGGCUGGAAUGGUGGUGGGAGUGGUCUGGUUUUUCAUCACACAGGAAGUGCUGACGCCGAUCUUCCCCAAGAUUGCAGCCUGGCCCAUAUCAGAGUUUUUCCUCAUAAGGGAUACAAGUCUCAUUCCAAAUAUUCUCUGGUUUGAGUACACGGUCACCAGAUCAGAAGCCAGAAACAGACAACGAAAACUGGGAACCAAACUUCAGUGAUCUGCGGUCUGCUAGUUCACACUGACGAAAAGGACCCCAGACACACACAAACACACGCAUGCACACACACUCACUCUCCCUCUCUCUCUCUCUCUCCUCUCUCUCUCUCUCGCUUUCGUUCAUGUGCACACAAACAUGCACUCACACACAUGCGUGCGCACACAUACCCCUACCAACAAACCUACAUUCUUUAACACACUGGAGAUUUUAGCACCUGGACUGUUACGAUCGAGUUUUGAGGGCAGGACCUUUUUCAGGUGGACCAAAGGAGAGAGGUCAGCCCUGACCAUCAUCAGAAUUCUGCCCCCCCUCACCACGGCCCAAACUGGAUCUGUGUUCCUAAUGCAUGCCGACCAUGCAAGAAGCAAAGCUAUGUCGUGAGAAAUGUAAUAUAUAUUUUAACCAUUAACGCACGUGGGCAAAAACAAACACUAAAACAAACGUAUGUUGAGUGAAGGGGGAGGGGCCGGAAGGGGUGAUUGAAGAGCUGGUGACUAGCAAUGCCGCAGCAUGACAUUAGUGAACUGCGCUUGUUUUUGUAUUUCAUAACUGUUGUUGGAGUGGGAAGGCUUUCUUGCAGCACGGUGGGGAUAGCUGGCCUACUAGAAUGGGUGGGUAGUAGUAGUGACCCUUUUUUGUAUGUUUUUGUUUUCUAAAACCUGUCCUUGUGUUUUCAUACUUGUGUAAUAUGUAAUAUCAAGCAAGAUGAUUUGCACUUUGUGAAUUUGAACGAAAUGCUAAACUUUUUGUUAUGUUUAUUAACACUAGUUACGUCGAAUGCGCUCUCUCUCUGUCGGGGCUUUAUUUAGUAGGCUGUACUCUGCUGUUUGUGGCGGGCACAGCUGCCCCUUUGGAGCCCUUGUUCCUUGCGAGUGGAGCUCCAUGCGGCCGUCCCCAGGGACCGGGCUCUGUGGCCAAGCUUGGUGCCCUGCUCUGGUUCAGGCCGGGGUCCCCAGACCCAACGCCCGUCUUCCUGUGGACCCCUGGCGCUUCAGAAGUAGGGUUAUUGGAGGUGCUGCGGAUGGAUUCUCCUAGACUGGCUCAGGCCCCUGCUUCAGUUGGUAUGACCUGUCCUGACCCGACCUGACCUAACCUGACCCGAUCUGAUAGGCACUACCCCUUGAAAGGUAAGCCGCGUAGCCCAGGCAGGGAAACGCCUGAUCCGUGUAAAAGGAUGAGGAGGACCUCACACUGACUGCCUCUCUCUCUCUCUCUCUCUCUCUCUCUCCUCCCAGCUCCCCUCACACUGACACUCUCUCUCUCUCUCUUCUCUCUCUCUCUCCCAGCUGCUGUCUCUAGCUCUUUGCAUUGCACAGUGGGGACCAAGGAAGUACAGGCAUGUUUCAGCGUCUGUAUGCUUUCCCCUUUCAGAAUGCAUUCGACCCCCCUCUAACAUGGGGAGGUGGUUUUAAACAGGACCCGCCAUGCAUAAUCCCAGUAGAGGUCCCUCCCUGCAUAAUCCCAGCAUUCCGAGAUGUGCUGGAUAAGGUCCCCGACACCAGCAUGCUGCAGGGAUUCUCCGUGGAACACCAUUGCACUCCGUCAUCACAUAAACCUUUUAAACAGUGGGGCGGAAGUAGGCCAGCGUGUUGGAAUUCAGAGAGGAAAUGCCAUCUGGCUUUUUUUUUUUUUUUCUUUUUUUUUUUUACAGCCCCCCCCCCCCCCCGUUUUAUUUUUAUUUUCCCCAUUCCUUUUGUCCGUCGUGUCGCUGCACGUCCGUUCAAACCUUCUGCUCGCGGAGGUUCAGCUUCCAGAGGCUGAACGAGGGGCUGGGGGUGAGGGAUGCGGGGGGGGGGCGGAGCCUCCGCAACCCAAAGCUCAGGGGAAACCUUCAUCACGCGGCAAUGGUGAUGCCGAAGAGGAUGGUGGAGUUGUCCUGUCGCCCUGCCUGUGGAGAGAGUCGUCGGGACGGGACACUCGUACAGGGAAGGCACAAUACUGCAUAGCUCUUUUAGAUUAUUAUUUUUUUUUUUAUUUUGUUAUAUUUUAUUGUGUAAUUCAUAUCAGGCUGAAUAAAAAAAGAAGAAUAUCUUUUGUCUCUCAGUUUGGGAUCCUUACGCAGAAGUUGCCAAAUGUACUGUUUUCAACUGCUGGCAACACAACGAAAGGUAUCGACAGUUAAUUAAACAUUUAUCAAACGUAAUAAACAAUUUAGAGAACAUGUGCCUAUAAACCCUUUGAUUACAUGAAUCCCCCCCCGUUUGAUGUCCUCGUCCACUUUCCGGCAACCCUGCCGCUCGUCUGAUGAGAGACGCAAGACAUAGUGGCACGUGGUAAUAACACUAACAGAUUUUGUCCCAUGCAAAAAAUACCUGUUUGUGUGUGUUUGCACGCGGAAUCCAAAUUUGGUUUAAGAAUUUGUGUGUCGGCUCUUUAGCUCUACUUGUGCAUGUAUAUUUUUUGCGUAAUAUGGAAGAGGUACUAUGCAAAGUGCCCUCUGUGGAGAGGGGUGCUCCCGAGGCCAAAUGUAGAUGAAAUCAUACAUCUGUAUGUUAGAAAACUACAUUUCUAUAUAUGCUAAGUGUUAUAACAUCCUAGUUUAUCAAUAAAAUUCUAUAUACUUAU